UUGACUUCCUCCUUUUGGACUGGCUGCCUAUUCUGAAUAGCAGAGCACAGGAUAUGCAGUCCCAGACAGCCCUCCCAGCUACAGCAGCAGUAUUAGCAGCAGCAGUUGUGGAGGUGGUAGCCGUAGCAUCAGCCGCCUGCGUCCAACAGUGAGGAGGACACCACACUCUCUCUCUCCCUCUGCAGUCAACAUGAGUGCUGGCGACGUGGUCUGCACCGGCUGGCUCAUCAAAUCUCCCCCUGAGAAGAAACUCAAGAGAUUUGCCUGGAGGAAACGCUGGUUUGUGCUGCGUCGAGGCCGCAUGAGCGGCAACCCUGAUGUGCUGGAAUACUAUCAGAGUAAGAACUCCAAAAAGCCCAUCCGCACCAUUGACCUGAAGGAGUGCGAGGUGGAGAUGUUGGACGGACAGCUCCGGAUCAAGAGGGACUUUCACGGGAAGCACCUGUUUGUGGUGAAGACCUCCUCCCGAAUCUUUUACCUGGUGGCUAAAACCGAGGAAGAGAUGAAUGGCUGGAUCGACAACAUCAAUCAAAUCUGCCACUUUGGGACCCUGGAAGAUGCUGAGAGCUCUGAGGACGGGUUCCCCCACACGCCCAUCUCUCUGCAGCCCUCUCCUGAUGGCUCUGACACUGCCUCAGUGGUCAGUCAAGUGGACAGUACUUACCCCCCAGACUACCUCUUCCUCUCUCAGUGCGAGACAGGGAGUGUCAGCAUCAGCAGACAGGAGAGCUUCAACUCAGACUACUCCCUGGAGCAGAGGUCAUCCGAGGACACACACAGAGACAUUGUGCCUUCCCCUCUUUACACAGACUCCUCUUCGUCCCUGUCCUACCCCAGUGUCAGCCCCUGUGUCUUCAGUCACUGUAGAUUGUCCCAUCCACCUUUCAGCGCUCCCUGUCCCUCUAUGGUCCUACCCUGCUCCUCCUCAUCCCCUCUUCGGCGCCACUGUGCAGCAAGCGUCUUCCAGUUUGACACAGCUUUUGAUGCAGCCUCUGAAAGACUAACACCCCCUCCACUGCCCCCAAAACCCUGCAAUGUUCCGGAGCAGCCCAGUGAGACAGGCCCCCAUCCACCACGAGCCUUGAGUGCUCGCCACAUCUCCAGCCACUGUACCCUGUUCGCUAGAAGAACUUCUGUGUCCAGCUUAGACCACUUCAGACCAGGGGAUAUUGAAAGCAGAAUGUUAAGAGACAGGAGACAAAGUUUAAAUUUGCCUUUAAAUACCACCAGAGUUCAGACAUACGAAGAAGAGUCCUAUGUCCCCAUGUCCCCUCCCACGGUCGCCGUUAGCAACACUGAUGGGGAUGGGUACAUCCCCAUGAGUCCCAGGGCCUGUGGAGACACAGAAUCCCCUCCAAAUCUCAGCUCCCUCAUGUCUCAGCUUGGAGAGAUCGCCCCCCCACCCAUUAACCGUCAUCUCAAGCCAAGGUUAAGGAGAGCUCGACCUCCUCCACUUGACUUGAGAGGCCUCUCCACUAUCACAGAAUGUCCUACACAUCUUGCUUUGAACAGAACAAUGACUGACACAUGCUUUAUGACAAAUGGUGACAUCACACAUGCUGAAGACACUGGAUGCACUAAUGAGUCAAGACACUCUUUCUUAUACAGCAUUGACAGUGCAGUACUGCCACCAGCGAGAAAAUCCAACCUUGACUAUUUAUCACUAGAUUUUAACUCUGCGUCACCAUCUCCAGUACAAAAGAAACCAUUUUUGUCAGAUGAACACCGCGUAGACUAUGUGCAAGUGGAUGAGAAGAAGACCCAGGCACUGCAAAACACCAAAAUGGAGUGGACAGAUACCAGGCAAUCCAAAACAUGAGGACAUAAAGAAAAAGCCAUUGUUAUAUAAAAACAAUGGUGAUACAAGCAGACAUUCUUUGAAACACUGUGAGAGCUUAGAUGUGUAACAAACGACUAAUCAUAGCCUAUGUGAAAUUAUUGCCUAUACAUUUCUGUGAAAUAUGCUUGAAUAAAAGAUUAAUUAUAUUGAUUUA